GUUUCACGGAAUGUUUGAAGCGAGCGAGCGCAACGACAUUUCAGCGAAAACAUCUUUGAGCCCGGAUUGUGUUGUUAUUAUUACUUUUUUUUUUUUUUUACAUGCGUCAUGUGCAAAUGAAUGUUUUAUCCCAAUAUGCGUUGUGGCCUGUUGGUUUAUCAGCACAAAAGGAGGAGUGUUUGUGAUUUUUGUUUUUUAUGAAUGGAGGGGACAUUUCCCCCCCCGACACAAGGAUAGAGUUUCACUUCAUUGACAAAAACAAGAGGGGGAAGGGCGGGGAGGAGUAAAGAAGAGGUGGGGGUUAGUGACGCCCCCCCCAAACAACACACCCCUCCCCCGUAGGCCAAAAGUUACCAAAGUUUGUUGACGUGAUGACGUGAACCUUACACAAUGUGUGUCUUGUGGCCGCGCGGUGGUGCGUUCAGGGACACUUGACAUUCACUGCCUUUUGACAGUAACUUUUUGCACUGGUCGUGUACAGUAUCCAACAGCCCAGCCUCCUGUGAAGUACACACAAUGAAUAUCCGUGUUAGAGGCUUUUAAAGUGUCAAAUGUUCAAAUGUUAACUUGGGUACGUGAUCGUGAACGCCACACGCACGCACACGGAGAGCGUGUGCUCAUGCUCUAAGUGCUAUCUGCUCAGCGUCUGCAGUAAUUGCCUUCAGCUAGGCUUUAUUCGUCAUCCAUUAACGGGAGAUAGCACAAGUGAGUCAUAUCUGGGCCACGGAGAGAGAUGUGAGAACGGAGACUGCUGCUGGUGUGUGUUGUUGGACAAAGACAACUUUGUGCGUGUUUGUAAGGGAGUUGUAUCAACCUGGACUACAUGAGGAGGAUGAUGAUGAUGAUGGAAAGUCAAUGAGCGCUGCUUACGACACGGGAGCCGCCAAUCACCCGGACAACAUGGACGGCUUCUACGACCAGCAGGUUCCGUUCAUGGUCCCGCCCAGCUCUCGCGUUGAGGAACCCAGCAGGGCCUUGAAUGAACGCAAGAGGAAGUUUGUGGACACAGAGCUCGCCCAGGACACGGAAGAACUCUUCCAAGAUCUCAGUCAACUCCAGGACAUCUGGAUCGCAGAAGCCCAGGUGCCGGAUGACGAGCAGUUUGUUCCAGACUUCCAGUCGGAUAGCUUGAUGUUCCAUGGCCCGCCGCCGGCCAAGAUAAAGCGUGAGCUGACUCUCUCCAAAGACCUGUCCCCCUGCCACCAGGACAGGAGUCCCAUGCCGUACGGAGAGAAGUGCCUUUACAGCUACAGUGCCUGCGACCGGAAGUCUACUCCCGCAUUCAAGCCAUUAACCCCUCCCUCCACGCCAGCAUCCCCGUGUGGCCCAGCGGGAGCGCACCCCCUUAACGAGCAGACUCCUCCUCCUCACCCCAAUAUAGCCAACCUGCCCUCUGGACCGCACCCGGUGCAUGUUCAGCAGCAGCAACAGCCCCCACGCAACCAGCCGGCACAUCCUGUCCACAGCCCGCCAUUCGUAGCGCCGUGUGUGCUGAUUGGCCAGGAUGCCAACAACUUCACGGCAGAGCACAGGUUCCAGAGACAGAUGUCUGAGCCAUCUCUACCCUUCUCCCCAUCGGAGAGUCAGGUGCACACCCACUUCCUGCCCCAGGCCCCUAGCAGCAACCGCAACAGUCAACCGCACGAGGGCCGCCCGCUGUACCACCGGCAAAUGUCCGAACCCCUGGUGGCCGUGCCCCCUCAUGGUUUCAAACAGGAGCUCAUUGACCCGAGAUACACCGAGCAGGGUGUUCCUAACCCUCCGGCUGCCUCGCUGGGUCCCCCGCGUCAGGCUGCGUGCCACCCGAUGGCCAUCAAGCAGGAGCCCCGCGACUUCUGCUUUGAUUCCGAAGUGCCCAACUGUCACUCAUCAUUCGGGAGAGCGGGGACCUUCUACCAAAAUAACCAUGAAAGCUUCUCCUUUGACAGAGAUCCUCAACUCUACUUUGAUGAUACCUGCGUUGUCCCUGAAAGAUUAGAAGGUAAAGUGAAGCAGGAGCAGUCCAUCUAUCGGGACGGACCCCCCUACCAGCGCCGUGGCUCCCUGCAGCUCUGGCAGUUCUUGGUCACGUUGCUGGACGACCCGGCCAAUGGACACUUCAUUGCCUGGACUGGUCGUGGAAUGGAGUUCAAGCUCAUAGAGCCUGAGGAGGUGGCUCGCCGCUGGGGCAUCCAGAAGAACAGACCCGCCAUGAACUACGACAAGCUGAGCCGCUCUCUUCGUUACUACUAUGAGAAGGGCAUCAUGCAGAAGGUGGCUGGUGAGAGGUACGUAUACAAGUUUGUAUGCGACCCUGAGGCCCUCUUCUCCAUGGCCUUCCCUGACAACCAGAGACCCAACCUGAAGGCUGACCUGGAUGGCCUGCCGGGCCUGGAUGAGGACACGGUGCCCCUCACCCACUACGAGGAGAAUGCUUCCUAUCUGCUGGACAGUGGGGAACAUUGUCUUGCGGGCUUGCCCUUCCCAGACGGUUGUGGCUACUGAACCACAAAGCGGCGUCCUGACGCUCAACACACCAACAUGCAAAAAUACUCCCAAAGUCUCUCCAUGCCCCGCUCUUUCAAUUCAGCUUCUGAACUGGCUCCAAGGGACAUUUGUGCGUCCUCGCUGGAUUACGGACAAAAAGUGAUCCACGGCAAGAACGAGGGAAAAGAUGAAAGGGAGACAACAAUGCAAGGCCUCAAGGCCUCCAACAGUUUGUGGACGACUACGCAUCUUUUAUCUGCAUCAACAAGAGUAGAUUUGGCGAUUUUUAUUUUGUGACAAUCUGCUUUUCCAAAAACUAAAAAUUCUACAAAUCAAAAUUUUGAAUGCAGCCCUAUUCCGUAGUUGCCUACUUACUUUUUGCAGCCCAAGUUUGUUUGUGCACCUGCACUGAAAGACGAAAGCUGAACGAAAGGGCGUUGAAUUGCAUCCAGCAAGGUUCUUUCCAUCCAUUUCUGUACAUAUGACUUAUCUUGCAGGAGACCCGAGACUCGCUAAGGAUUCUGGAUUUUGGGCUAGUUGGUCAGGCUGCUCUCUUGUGGAAAUGUUCUUUCAUUGUCCUGCCCGCAUAAGAGAUUGUAUUUGCUCCCCGCUGUGGAGAUUGCAAUCCUUGGUACGAUCCCCCAGCCGGGUGCUUUAUUGUUCCAUUUUAGAACUAAUUCACGCUCGUCUGUUUCCAAAGGGAUGCAAAUGCAAGCACGUAUUCCCCAGCCAAGAGACAUUUUUCUAUGUGUUGUCUUUCUGGCUCCUUUUUGUGGUGAACCAGCUCCCCCUGAUGCACGGGUAUGGCAGGAGCAUCAUGGCACUGCAUGCAAAGUAAAACAUUUUGCUGCCAUCUUUUGGACACCCGUGAGCGACUUUGCAUGGUGUAACCAGCCCAAGCCGCUAACAUGUCCCGUGACUGUAUCACUUCAACGUUUGUUUUGUUUUUUGUCUUUAUUUGGAAUGAGGGCAGCAUUCUAUAAAGUAUAUAUUUUUGCUAUAAGGCUGCAGUCCAGGUUUGAUUUUAAUGUACAUGUAUCAGCUUUAUAGUUCUGUAACAGUCUGGCUUUUUUUUCUAAGAAAAAAGUGUCAUGGCGCGCUGACUGCAGACUGAUGGCUUUGCUUGAGUGAACACAUGGAUGACCUUGCUUGCAAACGAGGCGUGUAAAAGGCCAGAGUUCCAGCAAAGGCCACAUGAUGGGUUGCACGCCACGCAAGGCACGGGGAGGGUCUGCACUUGUAUAGGCUUCACACACCCCCACCCUCGACAGACCCCUCACAUUGUGUUUUCUGAUCAUGUGUACUGGCUCAAAUAAACACUCCUACGCUUCA